CAGCUCGCGGGGACCCCAGCUGCUGAGCCCAUGGCGGUGCCCAUGAUGUUGCUGAGUCUCGUGGAACAGCUUGGGGACGAGGAUGAGGUGCUGGCCGGCAGAUACGCCGAGCUGGGGGACUGGUGCGCCCAGAGGAUUCUGCAGCACGUCCAGAGGAAUGGCCAAGCCGUCCUGGAGAACAUAUCUGAAGAUGGCCAGGAGCUCCCUGGCUGCCUGGGGCGACACCAGAACCCAGGCCACGCGCUGGAGGCCGGCUGGUUCCUGCUCCGCUAUGCCAGCAGGAAAGGCGACCCUGAACUUCGAGCCCAUGUGAUUGAGAAGUUCCUCCUGCUGCCCUUCCACUCCGGAUGGGACCUGGAGCAUGGGGGCCUCUUCUACUUCCAGGAUGCCGACGGCCUCUGCCCCACCCAGCUCGAGUGGGACAUGAAACUCUGGUGGCCGCACAGUGAAGCCAUGAUCGCCUUCCUCAUGGCUUACACAGACAGCGGGGACCCAGCCCUGCUGCGCCUCUUUGAGCAGGUUGCAGAGUACACCUUCUGCCAGUUUCGCGAUCCCGACCACGGCGAAUGGUUUGGCUAUCUGAACCGAGAGGGGAAGGUCGCCCUCACC